AUGGAUACUGCCCGCAGAGGAACUCCUGUUAGGAGAAUAAAUUCUGUAGUAGCAUCAUUGCCUGAAACACCUAUUCGAGCAUAUUCAUCUACGAACAAUUUACCAGCUUUACAGCCGCUGAACGAAAUUCGGCCUGAAGGCUUAAGUCGAAGGCACUCUUUCGUAGUUGGCACUCAAAAUCAAAACUCUAAUAAACGAAGUGAAAGCAUUAAUUUACAUUUUCAUCGGUUGCUAUAUAUGAAUUUAUAUGAUUGCGAAAGAGUGUUAUUUAUGCUUCGGAAAAUUAUUAGUAUAAUAAAAUUACGACCUCGACUAUUCAUCUGUACUAUGGCGACAACAGCUGUUGGUUCUGGCCAUACACCUCAAUGGGAACUUGUUCAGCAGUUGCUAUGGAAACAUCGUCAAAGUCUUGUCGGAAAGGGUUUUGGGAAUCUUACGACAACGGCUAUACCUGCUAAUGUGGCUAGUGCAACGGGUCGAAUGCAAUAUCUUGAGGUAUUAGUAUCCAUUACUCUAUACUACAUCAGAAGUUAUUUCCCUAAACACCUUUCUGAAGAAUCUCAGGAAAGUAUGCAAGCUAACGAGAGAGUUAGAAUGACGGCAAUGGAAUUACUAAGUCUUGUCGUUAGUGAAUUAGGUCAGGUAAUAGAAUCCACUGGAGGCUCAGGAUUUAUUAAUUACCUUAAAGAUAUGUUGAAUCGAUGUCGAAUGCAGAAAGCUGUUUUGUGUUGUUUGCUGGCAAGUAUGGAAGUUGAAUCAUCUAAUAAUAACAUCUACUGUUCAUCUGAAGAUAAUCUUGCCUUUCAGAGUCAGCUGCUAUCGCUAUUACAUCAUUUAAUCACACUUGAAUCACGUUUUGCUAAUACUACACAACCAAAAACUUGUACAAUCUCUUUCAAAAUGAUCCACGCCAUCUUAAUAGGUAAUAAAGAAGAAAUAUGUAGCCUAACUUCCCCUAGAUAUUUACAUUAUAUUCAUGGUAGUGGAAUAUCAGCACAACCGAUGUUCUUAGCAUCAUUAUUGUUGGCGUUACAAUCGCAGUCAUUUCUUACGUUACACUGCCAAUGGAUCCAGUUGAUUACUGGCUGUCUUCCAAAUUUGGGAUCGGCUCUAGGCACAGUUGCUUCUGCUACCGUUAACCAAAUUUGUGAUACUUUAGAGGCUCUCUUUGAUUGUGGAGAUGAUGAGGUAAUGAUACCACUUCAUGCAGUUACUGGAUUACCACCCGAUUACUGCAUCAUUUUACUAGAGGGUUUAACUACCAUUUGCCAUUACUGUUUGCUAGAUAGUGUAUACAGUCACUCCAAUUCCUUGCUUUCUAUGCUUCCUUGGGGUAUGAUUAUUCCAACACGGGAGGGGAUGGCUGUUGUCAUUUCUCGAGUUAUGAUUACAUUUGCGUUGAUUUCUAACCAAUUAGAUGAUGACGCUAUACCUGCUGAUGGCGGUGAUAUCUCUCGAAAACUGUUACGCCAAUAUGUCUCGCAGCUAACGACACCUAUUGCUAUGAAUCACUGUUUUGUUUUAAUCUCAGCUAUUGGAUAUGCAUGGCAUAUGUUAUCAAAGCCUCUUAUUAUUGAUGAGUCUAAUGUUUUGGAACAAAUAUUACCUGAAGCAAGUAAAGAACAGCUUGUACUCAUUGAUGUCAUCAUUAGCAUAAAAGCACUAUCGAUCGAGACUGUAAUUGAGAAUGUCAAGUCAAUAGUUAAAAGUGUACUAUCUAACAAGAAACAACUUGCUAGUUCUGGUACAAGUCUAGAAGUUGAUAUUUUAUCAUUCUUUUAUCAUUUAUCUCAAAGACUACCUAUCGCUAGCAUCCAAGGCUGCUGGCAAAGCGUAUGCAAUACCAUAAAAGAGUGCGUUCAGCUGUCGAUAUCUAAUCAUGGACAAUUUAUACUAUUAGCGAUAUUAUAUACUCAUGUUCAAAAAGUUCCAGUUGUUGAUGAUCGUAAAGUACUACAAGAACGUCAAGACAUACUGCAAAAAUUAAUACAGGCUUGCAGCAUUAUUGUAGGAUCAGCAUUACAGCAAAGCACUUGGCUUCGAAGAAAUCUAGUUGUCAUGGCGCCUUCCACGUCUAGUACAUCAGGCUCCAGAUUAUCUCGCUCAUCUGAAAGUGAAAGCAGUAGUAAGUUUUCAAAUCCUAACGAAGUAACCGUUCAGCAAAAUGUUCAAGCAUUAACAAUUCUAGCUGAGCUUUUGGCUCCUUUAAUUGAUAUUAUAUUCAGCAGCCUUGAGAAGGACCGCGUUAGCAGCAUCCUGUCGUCAUUAAUGAAUAAUGUGACUCCAUAUCUUAAGAAUCAUUGUGCAUACAACGCUUCAAGCUAUACUGCAAGUGUAAAAUUACUAGCGACGCUAACAAACUAUCAGUAUACUCGUCGAGCGUGGCAGAAGGAUGUUUACGAUUUAUUUUUAGAUCCUAAUUUUUUUAGGAUGGGAUCAUCAUCAAUUUCAGGAUGGCGCACCAUAAUAGACAAUUUAAUGGCCAACGAUAAUACCGCUUUUAGGGAUAUGUUAAAUCGAAUUAAUUUAUCUUCUACCGCAUCAUUAAAUCUAUUUACCAGUCGUGACCAGGAAAGUGAAGGCUGUGCUCAAAAUUUAAAGCGUUUAUCGUACGUACUAUUUAGUGGUGAAAUAGAUCAAUAUCAGGGAUUUCUGCCAGAUAUUCAAGAACGUUUAGCUGACGGUUUACGUCUCCCGCUAACUCCGGUAGUUCAUGAGCAAAUAUUCUUUUGCUUUCGAAUUUUACUAAUGAGAAUGUCCCCGCAUCACCUUACAUCCUUAUGGCCCACUAUUAUUACUGAAUUGGUACAAGUCCUACAGAUUAUUGAAAAGGCGUUAACUAUUCGAGAUCCAGCAUCUGUCAAAUAUCACGUUCAUUCAAUUUGUGUCUUUCUACUAACACUUAGGUUGCCCAAUGGUAUUAUGCUGAAUGAUUCUGCUUGGUUACCACUUUAUCUUUCAGCUUGUAAACUAUUAGAUCUUGCAUUGGCAUUACCAUCUGAUAAAUUGCCUCAAUUUCAAACUUAUCGAUGGGCCUUUGUUACCGAAGAAGAUUACCUAACACUUGCGAGAGAAAAUUCCGGAAAAGUAUCCAGUUUUCCGUUGUUUACACCAUGUCUUGAGGUUAUGGCUGGAUUAUUAGAUGAGGUAAGCUUUUAUAUCACAGCAUUUAUAGCUUCUUCACGCUUUGAAUGA